CACCAACCGCCCGCCGCCGUCGCUCCUGAUUGUACCUCUCCCUUUGCCUGAAACCUCUCUUCACGACAGCCACCGAAUAUUCUCGACGAUCUUAUCUCGACAAAUAUCCCCACAACGUCGGUAUUCACUCGUCAGUCGCUUCUCAAGGCGUCUAGCAAUUUUGGGACCAGCUGCAGCCCCUUCACCGUCGAUCUAUUUCCCUUUGGUCAAGCACUACAUUUAGUCUUACGGGGACCACUCUCAAAGACGAUCACGACCACGAUUAUAGUGACAACGCCCACGACGCCAACGACGCCGACGUGGGCGUGUUGGCCCCUCUGCAGCUGCUUUCGAUGAGGUCUUGGCCGCCGAUGACGAUAUUUCCGCCCGCCGAGUCCCAACCCCUACCGUACCCGUCGUCUCUGCCUGGGUGUAUCGGAGCGGAAUGGCUGCCUCAGUGAGGGUGUCAGGCCCGCCAAACAGUAGUUUCUUGAUAGGUUAUCCAGGAAUAUCGGCUACACUGCCACGCAUAGAAGGAACCGUCGAAAUUAGGCCCUCACAGGGCUAUUCGAUGCCCGUUGCCAUAUCUCUGGUCAGGAUAUGUCUUCAAAGACGAGAAUCGAUACAUCCGGCUGCCGACAACAUGGCCAAGAAGCACUUGGGAACACCGCGCCGUGAAACAACCGAUAUUGUUGGCAAGGAACACCUUUUGUUCCGGUGUCCUGACGGCAAGGAGUCCGAGAGUGUCAUCGCCAUGGACCUUCCUUUCGUCCUCUUUAUCCCUUUUGGUCGAGGCGGCGAGGAGACCAACAGGAGGAUUCCCCCAGCUUCACUCCAGCUUCCUAGUCGAACUGCCGAGACAUAUUACGAGCUCAUAGUUACCGUCCAGCAAGGUGCCAGCCAUCAGAACAAGUACCACUUCCCCCUGCCGCUGCAGAGGUACGAUACCCUCUCGACGUUCGGCAUGUACAAUCGCCCCGAAUCCAAGGUUGCGACAGCAGAUAACAUUGUGACUCUCGGGAUUUCAUUGCCGCGCUGGAGCUACGGACCACUGGACCCGAUUACCGUUUACAUAAAACUUGCCCCAAAUCCAGACUGGCUGAACAAGGCCAAGCGGGUUACAAUCAACAAGAUCACGCUAAGCAUAGAAGAAGAAAUUACAUACAACCCAGAGGGUGAUGAGCCUCAGAAAAAGGUCAACAGGAUCUCCAAGCACACGCAACCGGUCGGGACUAGGCUUCCCGAGGCCGGUUACACUACAAAUCUUGGACUCGUGUUCCCGUCGCGAGAUCUCAGAGACGCCGAGGGGGUUAUGCGUCGAGGAGAGCCAUCCAAGUUUCCAAACCACGAGGUGACUUCAUUCACCACGACCUCGACACUGUACAAGGUGGAGUUCUUCCUCACAAUCAAGGCAUCCAUGAGCUCCGCACGUGAUAUUACUCUCAGGCAGCCCAUCGUCAUCUGCCCAAUGGAUCAGCAAGCCUGUAAGGAGGAAAUCGAGGCCAUUGAGCAAGCGGCUAGGGAUGCUUCACUUGUCGAUCCAAACCACCCGUAUACGCCAGCCAAGACUAUUGUGUUGGCUAGUCAUGAGAACUCUCUUCGACACCUGGGUCUGUGUAUUGUGGGCGGGCAAAAGAAACCAUUGAUCGAAUGAGCAGACCCCGCAGAGCUCGAAGCUGCUUUGGCUCGCUUAGGGGGUUUAAGGAAACAAUCGACUGGCGCUCCAAGAGCCAAAAGUCCGGUCUGAUUUCCACAGGGCACUCCUGUUGCCUUGAAAAGAGCCGCGCCGCGCGCUUCGACACACAAGUCAUGGCGCGCCUUUGACAAAACUGUGGUCGACAUACGGUUGCCUUGGCCUGAACGCAACCACACGCCAUUGGAGCAGCUGAUCUCUGGGCUGCAAUGUAAAAGAAAAGACGAUACGAAAGUCCAGGGUGGAAGCGAAAGUUCUUUUGACAGCUCAUGAACCAAGUUGUCGCUCAUCAUCACCGUUGCUGGUCGCUGUUUUCACGUGAGUCGAACGCAGGCUAUGCUUCGGGCUGCAGACACAGUCAACUAUAGAGGGCGGCGCUAGGCCGGCUCUUGGUCGUCUCACAGUUGCCCUCGGCAGCACAUUGGUGGUCCGAUUUCCACUAGGCUAUCACUUCCGGCGUUGCAUGAAUGGUUAAAUCAUCCCAUAAAGCAGGACCAGGUUGCGUUGGACAGCAUCCGACACACCCACCCAGCAUAGACUUAUGCUCCUACAAUCAUUGGAGUAGCAUGUUUCACCCUACACUAUUCCAACUGGGGAAACCCAUGUGGUAGAAACUCUGAUUCUAUAUUCAGAUAGACGGUUUCCGUUUCACACAGCAUGGAUUUUAUUUGAUACCACUUUCUCAUUUCCCCUCCAGUGACAGAUCGACUGACACCGGUGUUCACAUAUCUUACUCUUUACUAUCUUUUUUUUUUUGGCGUGAGAGCUUGGACAAUGAUUGGGUCUACUACACCUUCUGCUUUUCUGGGCUUUAGGGAUCUACAUAUUCGUCUAUGGCGUGGUGUUAAGGCUGGCUUUAUGAUGGGAAGAUCGUUUGAACAGGCAGGCGUGUGGACAUUAUUAACAUGAGCAUGCUAAUAAAUCUUGUUUUUAUUGCAACGCUAUUCAGUAGGAAAUUCUCGGCAUAUAUUGUGCAUGGAGGCAAGCUAUGGUAGUUGAUAGCUUGGAAUAUAGAAGACAUGGUAUAAUUGAGCGCGAGAUUUUUCGUUCGCCAUUCACGCC